AUGGCCCAUCAGGAAGUAGCCUACCGAACUUCUGCCAUGUCGAACGGAUCCUGGAAUCCCUCCCGCAGUGUGAUAUACUCGUCCGGGUGCGGUUCAGCAUACAGUCCGUCAGCCAAUGUGUCGAUGAUGGGGACCAGUGGUCCAGUCGGCCGGCACCAGUCUGCAUACUCUUCCUCGCCGGUUUACAUCUCGAGAGCGCAGUCCGGGCCGUAUGGAACUUCUUCCGGAGGAGCGUAUGGAUCGUACAAUAGCACAGGCUCGCAAGGUUGGGACGGACCGAGCAGAUACUCCCCAACGGAUUCUGUUGAUGAUAUUAUUGCGUCUCCCAGUUUAUCGGAUUAUGCCCUGGAUAAUAAUGGCGGAAGUUCUGCGCCAGCAGCAAAGUCUAAGAGCAGUGGUAAGGGUCGUCCUCAGAGACGACCCUCUAAUAGAGACGAGUUUGAUGGACCUCAUCAAUACCUAGCGAGGCCCCCGGCAGAUUAUGUGGCUAUGCAGGAAAGGGAGCUUCCUCAUCUCCCUACAAAUCUUUUGGUGCAAGAACAGGAUAGUGUCCUGACGCAAGUCAACGAUCGACUCUCGCAGUGCGCGUUCGACUUUGUUGCAAAAUACCAGUUUCCAAUUCCUUUGACCCAGGAUAUGAGGCCAGUCGAGAGACCACAUGAUAGAGAAUGGACCGAAUGGGUUUACUUACUCAAGCGCCUCGCGACUAAGAGGCGAAUCCCGGCCCGGGUCCUUUAUAACGGACAGAUUAAGCAGUUUGUGACAAUCCUGGAAAAUUCGUUGGAGAUGCGGCAUGCUGCGAAGCAUCAGUCCCGCCCGCUAAAGGAUGACCGGAAUAUCCUCCAACUAAUCAGUGCCGGUAUCCAGGUUGCGAAGAUUCUUAAGGACGCAGCCGCGAUGGAUUACCUGGACAGACUAUACGUUUCAACCGAGCAACAGAUUCAGGAGCGAAGCGCUGCGGCGUCAGCACGUUUCCGCUGA